UUGGCUUGCGGAACCUCUUUUUGGGGAUAAGAUCAACUCAUUUUUACAUGAAACAUAGCUCGUUGUGCUCGCAGUGAAGAGCAGUUUCUGUUGAUGUGGUUUAAUCGGUAAUUUAUAUUUAAUGUCCAUAUCUUGUGGAUUAGCAUCAAACUAUCCAGUUUUUCUGCAUUUAUCCGUGUGUUAUCUGUAAUCCUUGCGAUUUGAUCCUGGAAUGGCUUAAACGGCUGCUCCAGGCCACUAGCGGUAUCCAUCUUUUAGUGGCAAUAUUUCGAUAUCAUCGUGAAGUGCUCGAGUAGCCCGUUCCAAAAAGGUCCACUUUUCCAAAAUCCGAUCACAAAAACGUCGCCAAAUCGCUGCCGUAAAAACAGAUUGAAUGAAAGUUCACCGUGACGUCGAACCUUAUCAUCACGCGGCAGAAACCUCCCUUUCACCCUCAGUUUGGCCAUCUAAGCGUUAUACAGCCAGCCAAGGAUUUGUCAAUAAAAGAGGGAAUGGAAAAUGAGGAGGAAAUUACCGGGGAAAUUAACGCCGAAAUCAGCACCGCAACAGAUCAACUUGGAGUGGAGACGAACGAAGAUCCUUACCACAAUCAGGAGUAUCUUCAACGGAAGCUUUACUUUUUGCUAGAGCACCUCAAAAAGAUGCACGCCAACUUGCCUGAACAGUAUCAGAUGCGGAUAUCCUUCGAGCUAUUGGCCGGUCUUGCAAAUACUCUAUUGAACGACACAAUCUUCGAAAUCGUAAAAGGGCUCAUGGAGAUCCAGCACGUUACCGAGACGCACCUCAUGCAAGUACGAGAGAAGGUGGAAAACGAUCACCAGCUGGAGGUAAAACAAUGGGAAUCCAAGAUACAGGAUCCCGAGGAACUAGAGCACAUCGUUGCACUGAUGAAGAUAAAACAUGGCAAAAACAUGAAGGAAACCGAUAUGAAGCUGGUGCUCCAUUUAGAUCAGAAGGUGAAAGAUCAGCAGUCGACGCUUGAGAAAGCGGGUGUUCCGGGAUUCUACACCACCGACAAUCCAAAGGAGAUCAAAAUUCAAAUGUACCUUCUCGAUUUCAUUCUUCGGCUCAGUCGACUCAAAUUCGAGCCAAACAGCAGGUAAUAAAAAAUCAUCACUUUCACGGCACGAAAAGCAGGUAAUCUUCACUACAGAUGAUGCUUCGGACACCACCGAGAACAGAUACAUCUUUUCCGAGCGCCUUCUUCGCACAAUUUUAUGUUUUUCGGCAUCGUACUGUA